GAGGUGAAGAGAGACACACAUUGAGAGAGCGAUAGAGCGAGAGGAAGGGAGGGGAAUCGAGCUUUUAAGAGAUUUGAUAGAGAUUAGAAGCGGAACAGUGUUGAGAAUUACUGUAUGUUCGAUAUGAAUCUCAUUUCAUGGUGAAAACGCAGCGCGAGGCGAGGACGCGGACAGAACUGCGGAACGCAUCACUGAAUGAAUGAAACAAUGGAAAAGAGCCCCGCGCUUUCUUUAAACAGGUCAUAGGUGAACUAAACAAAUGCCAAAAUCUGCAGGUGGUUUGUGUGAGGCGUAAUGUCUUCGAGGUUUGAAUGAGAAGUCGUGGAUGUCUCGACAGACUCCUGGAGAAAGUUCAACAUCAGGAUGAACAGGUUCCUCAGAUAGUGGAUGAACACUUACGUGUUUGAUUCAUCAUGACGUCACACCCUCCUCCAUUCUUACUGAACCAUCAGGUCGGGAUGUUCCGGGUUUUAAGUCACUCUACCACAUGGCCACGCCUCUUGUGGAUUCUGUGGGUGUGGCUAAGCCCGUGUUCAUCGGUUCACCAUCACUCGCACCCACAUUCCAUCAAAAUCCCUGGGGACAUCACCUUGGGAGGCCUUUUCCCAGUCCAUUCCAGGGGUCCCGCAGGGGUCCCGUGUGGAGAAAUAAAGAAAGAGAAAGGAAUCCACCGGAUGGAGGCCAUGCUGUACGCACUGGACCAGAUCAACAGUGACCCAGAACUACUGCCCAACAUCACACUAGGGGCCCGGAUUCUUGAUACAUGUUCCAGGGACACUUACGCUCUAGAGCAGUCUCUGACAUUUGUCCAGGCUCUCAUUCAGAAAGACACGUCUGAUAUUCGAUGCUCCAAUGGAGAACAACCAAUCAUACGCAAGCCUGAGCGUGUGGUGGGCGUGAUAGGGGCGUCCGGCAGCUCCGUGUCCAUCAUGGUGGCCAAUGUCCUGCGGUUGUUUGAGAUCCCCCAGAUCAGUUACGCCUCCACAGCACCAGAGCUGAGCGACAAUAACCGCUAUGACUUCUUCUCUCGUGUGGUACCACCAGACUCCUACCAGGCCCAAGCUAUGGUGGACAUCGUGAAAGCCCUGGGCUGGAACUAUGUGUCCACUUUAGCAUCAGAGGGGAAUUACGGUGAAAGUGGAGUAGAUGCCUUCGUUCAGAUCUCUCGAGAGGCAGGAGGUCUGUGCAUUGCUCAGUCCAUGAAGAUCCCACGAGAGCCCAAACCAGGAGAGUUUGACAAGAUCAUUAAGAGACUAAUGGAGACCCCCAAUGCUCGAGGAGUCAUCAUCUUCGCCCAUGAGGAUGACAUCAAGCAGGUCCUGGAGGCCGCGAGGAAGUCCAAUUUGACUGGUCAUUUUAAGUUUGUGGGAUCAGACAGCUGGGGUGCCAAGAGCUCUCCGAUCCUGGAUCAGGAGGAAGUGGCUGAGGGUGCGGUCACCAUUCUGCCCAAGAGAGCAUCUAUUGAAGGGUUUGACCAGUACUUCAUCACUCGAUCCCUGGAGAACAAUCGCAGGAAUAUCUGGUUCGCUGAAUUCUGGGAGGACGACUUUAGGUGCAAACUGACACGUCCAGGUAUCAAGAUCGACCCAGAAAAGAAGAAAUGCACAGGAGAAGAACGGAUCAAUCGCGAUUCUCAUUACGAGCAAGAGGGCAAGGUCCAGUUUGUAAUUGAUGCGGUGUAUGCCAUGGCUCAUGCUUUGCACAACAUGCACCAGGAUCUGUGUCCGGGAGCCACAGGUGUUUGUGAUAAAAUGGACCCAGUGGAGGGACGUUUGCUGCUUAGCUACAUCCGCGCCGUCAACUUCAAUGGUAGCGCCGGCACUGCCGUUCUGUUUAAUGAAAACGGUGAUGCUCCUGGACGCUAUGACAUCUUUCAGUACCAGAUGACCAACACCAGUAGUCCAGGAUACAGAGUCAUCGGCCAGUGGACCAAUAACUUGCGACUCAAUGUAGAAGAGAUGCAGUGGACUGGUGGAUCCCGUCAGAUUCCGGACUCUGUUUGCAGUUUUCCGUGCCAACCGGGUGAGAGGAAGAAGAUGGUGAAGGGUGUCCCGUGCUGCUGGCACUGUGAGCUCUGUGACGGGUAUCAGUUCCAAGCUGACGAGUUCAACUGCGAGAUGUGCCCUUUCGACAUGCGGCCGACCCUCAACCGCACGGCCUGCCGGCCAACUCCCAUCAUCAAGCUGGAGUGGCAUUCUCCCUGGGCCGUUAUCCCUCUGUUCCUGGCCAUUCUUGGCAUUCUGGCCACCCUGUUCGUCAUCGUCACCUUCAUCCGCUUCAACGACACCCCCAUCGUGAGGGCCGCGGGCCGCGAGCUCAGCUACGUGCUUCUGACGGGAAUCUUCCUCAUCUACUUCAUCACCUUCCUCAUGAUCGCUGAGCCGGGAACCGUGGUGUGUGCUUUCCGCAGGCUACUGCUGGGUCUGGGUAUGAGCAUUACAUACUCCGCCAUGCUCACAAAGACCAACCGGAUCUACCGGAUCUUCGAGCAGGGCAAGAAGUCCGUCACGCCACCAAAAUUUAUCAGCCCCACUUCACAACUUAUGAUAACCUUCAUUCUGAUCUCAGUACAGGUUGUGGGUGUUUUCGUCUGGUUUGGCGUGAUGCCGCCACACACCACCGUGGACUACGAGGAGCAGCGGCCGCCCAAUCCAGAGUUGGCACGUGGCAUCCUGAAGUGUGACAUGUCUGAUCUGUCGCUCAUCUGUUGCCUGAGCUACAGCAUCGUGCUGAUGGUCACAUGCACUGUCUACGCGGUCAAGAGCAGAGGUGUGCCUGAGACUUUCAACGAAGCUAAACCCAUCGGCUUCACCAUGUAUACCACCUGCAUCGUCUGGCUGGCGUUUGUGCCUAUUUUCUUUGGCACAGCACAGUCCACUGAGAAGAUGUUCAUCCAGACAACGACGCUGACCGUGUCCAUGAGUCUGAGUGCCUCCGUGUCCCUGGGGAUGCUCUACAUACCGAAAGUCUACGUCAUCAUCUUCCACCCGGAGCAGAACGUGCAGAAGCGCAAGCGCAGCUUCAAGGCUGUGGUGCAAGCCGCCACCAUGUCCUCACGCCUCUCGCAGAAAUCCAUCAAUGACAAGCAGAACGGAGAGACGAAGAUCGAGCCAGACAGGUCACAGUAGCAGGUGACCCUUGGAACAGCUGUGUGGAUCUCAAAUCACUGAGGAAGAUUCGAAGGGAAAGUUUUGCUGUGUUGUAUUUUGUGAUGCCAGGUGAGGACGUUAAUAAAGCCGAUGUUACUGACUGUGAAGCACAAACUGCUAACACUGCGAACAGAAAAUACUUUAUUGAGCAUCUUUGUCGAACACUUGAAAUGCUUCAUAGAUAGAAUGUGUCCAAAAGCCUUUCUCGUCCAGAAGGUUUUUACGGAUAGCACAAUGCGAUUUGGAAAAAUCUCUUGUUGUCCCAUUUUUACCUCAGAAUGAGCUUAUUGUGUGGUUAUUGUGUUAAGGUUUUAGCAUGAGAUGUUUACAGUGGCGCAACUUUGGACAUGCACACACUGGCCGAGUAAAAACCCAAUGAAAGACCACCAGAUUUGAUAAAAAUACGGAUCCUGACUGAUGCUGAAGAAAAACUCUCCUCACCUUUAACCGUACAGCAAAGUCACUGCUUUAUCAUCUCCGACUGUGUCAUAAUACACAAUUUUAUUUUAGAUUGUAAGCUCAAAGAAUGAAUUAGACACUAUUUUGAGCCAGUUGUGUAUUUGAUAGCUUUGUGCAUCUUAUAUAUCUAAUAUUUAUUUUAACGAUUCUAACUAGAUGUUAUUAAUUAGCUUCUCAUUUUAUUUUAUUUUUAUUUUCAUAUAAUGUAUGUAUUUAUUUAAUGAUUGAUCUCCUUGGCCAAAGACAUGUUGGUGCUUUUAUAAAGAGAUGUAUAGGAAAGAAAAAGAUUUCAGAACUGAAUAUCAAUAGAGCAUCCAGAAUGCACCACAUUAAAGAAUAAUGUACAGUUCAACUUGUUAAACAUUGUAAAUAGAGGAAUCUGGAGUUUUAAUGGAUGUAUGUACUAUUUUGUGUGUUCUGAGGCGGUUAUUUUGUGUUUGACUGACAACAUGCAUGGGAAACUCUAUCUGAAAAGUCUUAUUGUGUUACAUGAGUAACAUGACUGCUGUGUGUUUUUUCCACAUCACAUUAAAGAAAUGUCAGUUUACGUCUUUCUAUUUUUUACAUCGGUGUUUUUGGAUGUCCAUAUAUUCUGCUGAUGCUCCACAUUGCUUAAAGGGUAGGCAAUUUCGAGGAGGCUAGCAAUAGCAAGCUAGCUUUGAAAGCAUGAGAUCCCACCCGAGCGCUCUGCAAAGCAUCACGAGAUGAGAGAAGGCGUUAAAUUACCUCAUGUCUCAAAGAAAGCACAUAACAUUACAAUAAUAAUGAACGUAAACAACUUACAGAGCUCUUACUUGUACCAUUUGACUGCUGCAGAUUCAUUUCGGCGUUGAUAGUGUUGACAUAGAAAUGCAUAAAUCCGAGUGUGAGGACGUGAACAGCUCAACGUCACGGGAUGCCAUCGCGUAAUUACGGUUAUGACAUGGUGUGAACGCAGCAUAAGCUGUUGUCUUGGUUCAGGAGGAGCUGUAAAAGAUGACUGCUGUUUGUUUUUGGCUCUCUGUGACUGUCUGUCUACAACUCUGCAUCAGGGUUGCCAGGUUUUCACAACAAAACCCUCCCAAUUGCUACUCAAAGCUAGCCCAAAACUAGCCUUGUCACAUUUUCAGGGAGGUCCCCCGAUAAAAAUCUGCGUUUUUGGUGGGGUUUCCCUGGUAAAAUUUGCAUUCCAGGGGCUAAAUAUCAUGUUAUUUGGGGUCACUUCAACCCGCGGACAUGAAAAACAAUCCGCAGCAACAGUGUUAAAGGAGCCCAAUUCCACGGGAAAACCGCAGACUUGGCAACACUGCUCUGCAUAGCCUUACAGAACGCACUGAUGACAUGUGAUGUCUGCACGAGCAGGGUGCGUGGAUGUAUGGAAUUACAUAUGUUGACAGGCAGGUAGGACAUCGUAUCCUAGUGCAAUGAUUAAACAAACAUUUUUUGGUCCUGAGACUUCCACAGAAGAUAUAUGUAAAUGUUUUAAUAUCUAGACCACUUCUAUUAGUGACUGCUAUCAGGAUGUGAAGAGAGUUUUAACCAGUAUAACAAAAAGUGUUUAUAAAAAACAUUGCCUACCCUACCUUUAAGUACAUGCAGCACUACAACACUAAGUGUCUAUAUAAAGAUGUAUUGAUGUUGAAUGGUACAAUCCAUAACAGAAAGAGCAAAGCAAUCAAUUGUAAUUAAAAUUAAUGCUGAUGUCAGAAAGCCACACGAAUUCCUUCAUGAAAUAACAACAGUGGUUCGCUACUGGGAAUAAAACUCAUUGUUUUCUGAAUCUUUCUUAGUUCAGUGUUUCUGUUGACAAAAUCCUUCAAUAAAGCCCUGCAGCAAGAUGUUUGAUACGUAGAAAAUAAUAUGGUCGGUGUGUGCUUUCCACGCAUGGCUGAGAACAAAAUAAAUGUUUAAUAUUG